AUGAAAGCCUAUCUAAAGAGUGCCGAGGGCUUUUUUGUCCUGAAUAAAAGUACCACAAUUGGGAAGCACGAGGAUUCAGACCUUGUUUUGGAGUCGGCAGACAUCGACAACCACCACGCGCUCAUUGAGUUCAACGAGGACGAGGGCAGUUUCRUUCUUCAGGACUUCAAUUCCCGCAACGGCACGUUCGUCAACGAGUGUCACAUCCAGAAYGUGGCUGUGAAGCUCAUCCCCGGGGACAUCCUGAGAUUUGGAUCCGUGGGACUGACCUACGAGCUGGUCAUUGAGAAUCCACCCCAGGUCUCCUUCCCCUGGGUGAGGGGCCCAGCAGCCUGGCCGAGGCCACAGCCGUCUCGGAUCUCCCAGCAGCCGAUCCCGUCGCCGUCGCCACCGCUCAACGUUUUCUACCAGGGCAUCCGGCCAGUGCCCCUGCAGAGGAGCUGGUCCCAGGGCUUCCCCAGGCCCUCCGUAGUCCCCCCCGCCCACCAACGGCCCGUGAGCGCCAGCGGAAAGAUGUUCUCCUUCGUGGUGGACAGCAGCCACAAGUCCCCCCUCCUCAAGCAAGUGUGGACGGGCCCCGUGGAGAUGCCGGAGCACGCCAUGCCGGAGGGCAUUCCUGGAGCCGUGCCUCCCCCGGAGAUCUUCAUGGAUCCGGACAUGGUCCAGCAGGACAAGGAUGAGAUCAUCCUGCUGCUGGGGAGAGAGAUCAGCCGCCUUGCGGAUUUUGAGAUCGAAUCCAAAUACAAAGACGCGKUGAUCGCCAACCUGCAGAACGAGGUGGCCGAGCUCAGCCAGAAGCUGUUGGACAGCGUGGCCUGCAGGCAGGGCGACAGGGGCGCCAUGCACAAGUGUCUGGAYGAGGGCGCGGACGACAAGCAGAAGGAGAUCCAGAGCUUGAAGCAGCAGAUCGAAGUCCUUCAGAARGGCUACAGCCAGAUGCUGUGCAAGACGCUGUCCGAGCGGAACUCCGAGAUCACAUCCCUGAAGAACGAGGGCGAGAACUUAAAGAGGGACCACAGCAUCACGGCAGGAAUGGUGACAUCUUUGCAGCAAGACAUCUUGGUGAGGACUGAGCAAGUUCAACAGCUGAAGGAGGAGGUGAAUCAGCUGAGGAGUCAGAACAAGGAGAAGGAGCACCAGCUCGAAGCCCUGAACUCCAGGUGCUCGGCACUGAAUGAAGAGCUAAAAAAGGAAAGUUCCCAGAAGGAGCACAGAGAAGCCCAAGAGAGAGAGUUAAAACACUGCAAAAGCCAAAUCCAAGACAUGGAGAAAGAAAUGAAGAUGCUGAGAGAGGAGCUGAGGAAGAACUGUUCGGAGCAGAGCAUGAUCUAUAAGACUCUGCGGGAAAAGAGCAAGGUGGAAGAGAAACUUCAGGAGGACUCCAGAAAGAAAUUGCUUCAGCUGCAAGAAAUGGGRAACAGAGAGAGCCUGAUUAAGGUCAAUUUGGAAAGGGCCGUCGGUCAGCUGGAGCAGUUCAGAAGCCAGAUCAUCAAGGCCACCUACGGGCGGGCGAAGCCAAGCCAGGACAAGACCAUCACCGACCAGCAGCUGAUAGAGAAGAUCACUCAGGUCACCGAGGACAACAUGAACUUCCAGCAGAAAAAGUGGACCCUGCAGAAGGAGACCCAGCUGAACAACUCCAAGCAGGAGGAGCUGGCGAAGAGCGUGGAGAAGCUGAAGGCGUCGCUGGACAGCUGCCAGGCUUGCUUGAAAAUGUCUUGCUGCAGCGGCGACCUGAAAAGGGAGGUGGACCUUCUCCAGCACCUUCAGAUGAAUCCACCUGUCCUGGGCCUCCAGAAGGUGACCCUGGACAUCUUGAGCCACUCACUGUCCUGGCUGGAGGAGACGGAGCAGCUGCUGAAGGACCUCGGCAUCCAGCUACCCAGCUCCGAAAAAGGGUUCUCUUUGUACCUGAAGUAUCUUCUGGAACAUUAUAAAAAAAUCRUGGGCCAGACCCAGGAGCUGCAGAUCAAGAUCAGCAGCUCGCAGGAAACCCACCAGUUUCUGCUGCAAGAAAAGCUGCAGGAGCAUCAGGCAGAAAAGGAGAAGCUGAACGAGGAGAAGCUGGCGCAAGAGGAGAAGCUGAAAGGCAAAAUCAGGCGGCUGGUGGAAGAGAAGACGGCCCUGGAGGAAAGCAGUGCUCAGGAGAAAGGCAGAGCCAGGGAGGCCCUGCAGGAGGAGCAGCGGAGGGUCCAGGAGCUGGAGGACCGCCUCGCCCGCCAGAAGGAGGUUUUGGAGAGCAGCAUAGCCCACGAGAAGAGGAAGGCCAAGGAGGCCCUGGAGUCGGAGCGACGGAGGGUGCAGGACCUGGAGAACCACCUGACCCAGCAGAAGGAGAUCUCAGACAACAGCAUCGCCUACGAGAUUCAGAAGGCCAAGGAGGCCUUGGAGAAGGAGAAGAGGAAGGUGCAGGACUUGGAGAACCGCCUGACCAAGCAGAAAGAGGAAAUAGAAUUAAAAGGGCAAAAAGAGAACUCUUUAAAUAAUAAAUUAAGCGAUGCACUGGCCGUGGUAGAAGAGAUUCAGCAGAUCAAGACAGCCGAAAGCCUCAGAGCAGAGAGCCUCUCCCUGAAGCUAAAUGAGUCCUUAGCCGAACUGGAAACUGCCAAGACAAAGCUGAUCAUGAUGGAGGAGCAGAUAAUACUGCAGCAACUGACGGUAAAGAGCCUGCAAGACCAGCRGGAAACUCAGAAACACGGAUUCGAAGAGGAAAUCCAAGAAUACAAGGAGCAGAUCAGACAGCACUCGCAGACGAUUGUGAGCCUCGAGGAGAGACUCCAACGAGUGACCCAACACCAUAAGAAAAUAGAAGAAGAGAUUGCAACCCUCAAGGUCAAUAACCCAGCUGAAGAGGCAGACAUGCCGGARGAGCUUCCCGUGGCCCCCCCAUUGGAGAACAGUACCAAAGAGAUGGCGUGCGACCACCUGAUAGAUGAMUUACUGGCUGCUCAGAAGGAAAUCCUGUCCCAGCAGGAGGUCAUCAUGAGGUUGAGGAAAGACCUUAACGAAGCCCAUGGCCGAAUGUCAGACCUGAGAGGGGACCUCAGCGAGAAGCAGAAGAGGGAGCUGGAGCGGCACAUGACCCUGGUCCAGCAGCAGAGCAGGGAGCUGUGCAUGCUCAAGACAAAGCUGGCGCAGAUGAGCACCCUGGUGGAGAAGAAGGACCGGGAGCUCAAGGCCCUCCGGGAGGCACUCAGGGCUUCCCAAGACAAACACAAAUUCCAGCUGAGCAUGGAGAAGGAGGAGAAAGCCAAGAACGCCACCCAGAAGUGUGACAUCUCUGUGCAGAUUGAGCCCAUGCCCAGUGUUUUCCUGAGCAGUCAAGAGGAGCAGUCUUUCAGUGACCUGGGGGCCAAGUGCARAGGCUCCCAACACGAGGAAGUCAUUCAGCGACAGAAAAAGGCCCUGUCAGAACUCCGGGCGAGGAUCAAAGAACUCGAGAAGGCCUGCUCUUCCAAUUGUAAGGACCACCUGAACGAAUCGUUCCUAGAACUAAAGACACUCAGAAUGGAGAAAAACGUCCAGAAAAUAAUAGUGGACACAAAAUCCGACCUGCCAACUCCCUCCAGAAUAGAGAUCCACGCGGACAGCCUUUCCAACUCAGACACCAGCUCCGCCCUGGAGAAGUCAGAUAAGACGGAUGUCACCGAGGCUUUGGAUCUCAGUGAAAGACUGUACCUGGACAUGAGCAGGACUCUGGGAAGCCUGAUGAACAUCAAAGACAUGUCAGGUCACGUGUCCAUGAAACACCUGUCCGCCAAAGAGAGGGAGAAGGUCAACCAGCUGCGACAAAGGGACCUGGACCUGGUGUUUGACAAGAUCACCCAGCUCAAGACCCGGCUGCAGAGGAAAGAGGAGCUGCUGAAAGGUUACGAGCAGGACGUGGAGCGGCUCAGGCAGAGCAAAGUGUCCGUCCAGAUGUACCAGUCACAGGUGGCCAAGCUGGAGGACGACAUCUACAAAGAGACGGAGGAGAAGGCCCUGCUGAAGGAGGCCCUGGAGCGCACGGAGCACCAGCUGAGCCAGGAGAAGAGGUUCAACAGGGCCAUCCGGCAGCAGAAGGUUGGAGCCAAAAAAGCUACCUCAAAGAUGGACCAAGAAAGAGAGAUGAAAAAAGAGACAUCCAGCAAACCCAGCCAGAGCCUGUUGUUUUCUAAGCCUGGUGGAAGGAACUAG